AUGGUUUCUAUUUCAAAUGGUGAUCUGGGCGAGGUCUCGAACAAGCGGCCUUUGGAGAACGGCUGCAUACCCAAAUACAAGCCCAGGAGAGUAUCCGCAGUCCGGGACUUUCCCCCUCAGUGUGGUCGUAAUCCCAUGCCGGUGAAUAUGAAACCUGAAGAAAUUAGAGGCAGUGAAGCUGUGCCUGUGAUGGCUAGCACUUUGGAAAGACCUCGAAUGGCUGAAAUAAUUGGGUCUCGGGCUGUAGGAAAUUCUGAAGCCAUAAAAACAGAGAGUAAUGAGGUUAAUACUGCUGAAAUGCCCAAACUCGAGACGGGUUGCGAGACAAAAAUAGAUACCGACAUACAUGGUGACUUAAAUAGUAGCGGUGUGAAAAACUCUAAUAACAUGGUGGAGUGUGAAUCGCAUGAAGCAUUCAAUGUUUUUGUGGAUGUGAAUAUGAUUGAGUCGUUGGAUGAGUUGGUGGGGAAAAUCACGUCAAGUGCGGAUGUCGAUGAGAAAUUGUCGACUCGGCCACCCGGAUUUCAGUUGCGGAAUGAAGUAAAUAAUCCUAUUGAAGUAGAAAUGCCUCAAUCAAUGGACUUGUUUGUUGGAAACGUGACAACUACAACAAUAGAGGAAAUGGAAGGUUUUGCGAAUGCUGAUGAAAAAUUGAUCACAUACGGUAAGCGUGAUGAAGUUAAUACACUGGACGGCAUGAAAACUGAUUCUCCUAACAAAGAGACUGAGGCUACAUGCCAGGCAACGCUGAACGAAUCAAAUAAAGUGGAAAUUUUGACUUUGGUUAAGAAAUCAGGUAUGGAGGAGGCCAAGUACCCAUCUGAUCCCUCUGUUAGAGGGAAGGACAAGUACCGGAGGAGGAGUGUGUCUGCAGUUCGUGACUUUCCUCCUUACUGCGGGAGAAAUUUUUCUUUACCGACUGAAAAGUGCUAUCCCGAUGGAGUUGAGAAACUCAAAGUAGCUUCACAAGAAGUUCCGUCAGAAACUGUUCCCCAGGAUGCGACAAUAAAACCGAUAACACCAACUUCCCAAGCAAAAUGUCUGAGUGGACUUCAAAACAACCGUGUCGGGAAAGGUUCAGCCGCAUUGAAUGAUGGUGGUGCUGAAGGAUGGCCAACAGGUUCGGGAGAAACCAACAGGACAUUACAGCAAAGCAUUAUUCGGGAAACAGAAAUGAAUGAUGCUUGGGCUCAGGAUGAAGACAUGCGUGAGAUCACUAACCCUGUUUCGGCUGAAUGUGCUGGGAAAAUUGUUGUUUAUUCUCCAGGAAAACGGGCUUCUAGCUCUGAGAAUAACGAGGAUAGGAAGACUAUAUAUGCUCUGAUGGCCAAACGGGAUGAAAAUAUCGAGCCUUCGCAUAGUGCUUCUAGCUCAGAUGAUGAGGACAAUAGGAAGAUUAUAUAUGCUCUAAUGGCCAAACCAAAUUGUCCGUGGAGAAAAGAAAAAACACCUCUGAGCAUUAACCAUGGCUUGAAAAUGAGUGGAGGAAGAAAUAAGAAGGUGAGCUCCUCCUUGCGGCACAAAUCAAAGGCCGUUGCUAAGAAAAGUAUCCAGAGCGUAAAAUCCUCAGUGCCUCCUUCCAAGAAGCUCAAGAAAGUCCGUAUGAGUAAUGAUGACGGAGACGAUGGGAGUCUCGAAGAAGCCUUGCUCCCUGCUGGCGGUGAAGGGCGAAAAGGGAAAUUCCCCACCAAAACUCGCAAACAGCAAGAUUUAGAGGUCACCCUACCCCCCUUUGGCCCCAACACCUCUGGCCAUGGAGACGCCCGUAACAAAGUCCGAAACACCCUUCGCUUGUUCAACGCCAUAUGCAGAAAGCUCCUGCAGAAAGAAGAAGCAAACUCGAGUCUUGAAGAAGACGAGGGCAAACCAGUAAAAAACGUCAGAAGAAUCGACCUUUUUGCCGCCAAGGCUAUCAAGGAAAAAGGAGAAGAAGUCAACACCGGUAAACAAAUCCUUGGUGAAGUUCCCGGAGUUAUUGUCGGGGACGAGUUUCAGUAUCGAGUCGAGCUCGCCGUCGUUGGCAUCCACCGCCUGUACCAAGCUGGCAUAGACUCCAUGAAGCUCAACAAUGGUUUAUUGGUCGCCACUAGCAUCGUCUCAUCCGGGGCUUAUUCGGAUGAUCUGGAAAACGCGGACGUCUUGAUAUACUCUGGCCAAGGAGGAAAUGUUGUCGGGAAGCAAAAGCAACAGCCCCAGGAUCAAAAGCUCGAGAGGGGCAAUUUAGCCUUGAAGAACAGCAUCGAUGCGAAAACGCCCGUCCGCGUGGUCCGAGGGUGGAGGGACAAAGCUGUCGACCCUCUCGAACCAAAACCUAAACUAGUGACGACUUAUGUGUACGAUGGGCUGUACACGGUCGAGAGGUACUGGACUGAGACUGGGCCCCACGGCAAGCAGGUCUUCAUGUUCGAGCUGCGCAGGAACCCCGGCCAGCCCGAGCUCGCCUGGAAGCAGUUGAAGAAGACGAACAAUGCCCGUUUCCGGCCCGGCGUGUGCGUCAAGGACAUAUCAGACGGGAAGGAGCCGUUUUGCAUUCCAGCCGUGAACACUAUAAACGACGAGAAGCCGCCUUCGUUCGAGUACGUCCGGAAGAUGAUGUAUCCUGAGUGGCACAACGCCGUGGCGCCACCUGGCUGCGACUGUGCUGGCCGGUGCUCAGACUCGAGAAAAUGCCGGUGUGCAGUCCGUAACGGUGGGCAGAUUCCGUAUAAUCGCAAUGGGGCACUUGUGGAGACCAAACUCCUCGUAUUCGGGAUUCCCAUGGCAAUAUUAAGGUGA